ACACAAACACAACUUUUAUUUAUAAAUUCUAAUAAUAUCAUAAUGUUUACAUAUAUGCAUUGAUGAAAUAUUGUGAAUGCUAUAGUACAAUUAUUUUCAUACAAAUGAUGUAACAUCUUUCUAUUACCGUAAUACUUUGACAACAAAUAAAUAGUUUUUACUAAUUUCAUAGGAUAAUCAUGUUGCGCCGCUUUUAUCACUGUUCAUGUGUUCUAAAUAAUAAUAAAAAACAAGGAAUAAAACUUUGCAAAAUGCUUAAUCCGAGAAGUAAAAAGCAAUGGUAUCCAGUACAAACAAUGGAAGAAAGUGGCAUGCCAAGUAUUAAAAGUUUGACCAAAAUAAAAUAUGAACCAGGGAAGCGUGGUGUUCGUAGAGUUGCCAUGCUUAAUAAGCUCUUCAUGAAAAGCAUCACAGAUCUAAUGUCGACUGGGACUGUAUCAAUGAAAGUGGUUGGGCGUGGAAUAGAAAUAUCGAAGGUUAAAAUAACACCAGAUUUUAAAACAGUCAAUGUAUGUUGGGUGUGCAAGGGCAAUUCUUCCGAUGAAGAGACAGAAAAUCUUCUUAAUUCAAUUGCAGGGCCACUCAGACAUGAAUUGUCUACACUUCGGCUUAUGGGGGAAGUUCCAUAUAUAGUUUUUGUUAAAGAUAAGCAAGAAGCACAGUUGGUGGAUCUUGAUCGUCGUUUAGUGGAGGCUGACUAUGGCGACGAUUAUACACCCACUGAAAUAGGUCAUUUGUUGAAAACAGAAUUUACUUUGUUAACAAAACUAUCUCCUGAAAUGAAGGCAAAAAUAAAACAGUUGGAAGAAGAUCAACCAAUAAUAGAGGACAUAAUACCUGAGAUGACUCAUAAUGUGUUUGGCUUAGACCACGCAAAGAUUAUGAACAGGCUACUAGCUGCUAGAAAGAAGACGAGGGAUGCGUGGAGCAGUCUCCAAGACGACUCGCCAGUUAUAAGUUACCGAGCAAGUAACAGUAGGGUUGCCAAUGAAGACAUCGAUUUUGGCAAGCAGAAGAAAGAACUUGCUGAAUUCUUACUAAAAAGACAGAUUUUACAAAACAAGAUACAUAAGCGCACGCGAGAUGAUCGUGAUAGUUUGAACGUGAUAACAGCUGACCAAGAUAUCGAAGAGGAACAGCAGUACGAAGACGAUUAUGAUGAAGAUGAUACUUUCUAUUACGAUGAAAAGUACGAUUCGCAAAACAGGCGUUGAUACUCUCGUCUAUUUAGUUACAAUUAGGUACAGUUGUAAAUAAAAUUAUUUAAUUUAAAAUCAA